CUUGUUUGAAGCGCAUUUUGAUUCACCAUGUACAGCCUUGGUUUGGUAAGCCAUCUAGCUUUCGCAUUGCUUUGUGUAGGAUUGGUUGCUUGUGAGCCUGGGGAUGGAAGAUCUGUGUGGAGAAGAAUGUCAAGCUUGAACUCUCUGAAUGAAACCCAGCUCUUUCUAUAUGACACAUUCCCUCAGGAUUUCCUCUGGGGGGCUGGGACUGCAGCGUUUCAGACUGAGGGAGCUUGGGAUCAGGAUGGCAAAGGCCCCUCCAUCUGGGACCACUUCACUCAUUCUCAACACAUCAGGUUUGGCAACGUGACAGCAGACAGCUCCAGUGACAGCUACACACUGUGGCACAAUGACCUGGCAGCUCUUCAGCACCUAGGAGUACAGACCUAUGGGUUCUCCAUUUCCUGGCCACGGCUUUUUCCCAAUGGGACAGUGGGGGCUGCCAACAAGAAAGGUCUGGAGUUCUAUAACCGUCUUAUUGAUUCUUUAAAAAAGGUUAAUAUUGAGCCUAUAGUUACCCUCUACCACUGGGACCUGCCCCUAGCGCUUCAACUCAAGAAUGGAGGAUGGAAGAGUGAGAGCUUGGUGGAGAUCUUUAAUGACUAUGCCGCCUUUUGUUUUCAGACCUUUGGGGACCGUGUCAAGUACUGGGUUACUAUCCACAAUCCCUAUCUGAUUGCUUGGCAUGGCUACGGGACAGGUAUGCAUGCUCCUGGAGAAACGGGGAAUUCUGAGGCUGUCUUUGCAGUGGUACACAAUCUAAUCAAGGCCCACGCAAACGCAUGGCACACGUAUGACAAACAUUUUCGCAAACUCCAGGGUGGGUUCGUGUCAAUAGCUUUGGGGUCCCACUGGAUUGUGCCUGGGAAAGGGAACAUGAAUCCUGUCAAUGUUGAAAGGUGCCAACAGUCUAUGGAGGCUGUGCUGGGCUGGUUCGCGGCACCCAUAUAUGGAAAUGGUGACUACCCUGCUGUAUUGAAAAACAAAAGCCAUGGUCUUAUCCCUUUCUUUACGGAAGACGAGAAAAAACACAUCAGUGGCACAGCUGACUUCUUCGCCUUUUCAUUCGGGCCCAACAACUUCCGCUCAGCUCUAGCAAAGUCAGGCCAGCAAGCUUCACUCAACAUGAGGCAGGCUCUGAACUGGAUCAAACUGGAAUACAACAAGCCCAGGAUUCUCAUUGUGGAGACUGGCUGGUUCACAGAUCACAAGGUUACAACUGAAGACACCACUGCUAUUUAUCUGAUGAAGAAAUUUAUAAACCAGGUGUUGCAAGCUAUUAAACAUGAUGGUGUGGAUGUCUUUGGCUACACAGCAUGGUCGCUGGUUGAUGGCUUUGAGUGGCAAUAUGCCUACAAUAGCCGAAGGGGUCUGUUUUACGUGGAUAAGAAUAGUAAGGAAAAAACAAGAAUUCCCAAAACGUCGGCUCUUUUCUACAAACAGAUUAUCAAACAUCGUGGCUUUCCGGGGAGAGAGAUCAACCAACCCAUUCGGGGACAAUUUCCCUGUGACUUUCAGUGGGGGGUCUCAGACUCUACUCUUCAGGUGCAUCUCACACCCUCCUCUCCUCAAUUCACUGAUCCUAACCUGUACCUCUGGAACAUCACUGGAGACGGGGGUCUUCACAAAAUCAGUGACGUCAAGCUGAAGACACGAUCUGCCCAGUGCACAGCCUUCAGCGCCAUCAGGAAUCAUCUGCAUUUGGUUAGAAAACUGAAGGUAGAUCACUACAGGUUCGGCCUCAACUGGUCCCUCAUUCUACCCAACGGUGACCUGUCAGCUAUCAACACAGAGGCCCUGACAUACUACCGGUGUGUGAUUACAGAGCUGCGGAAGCACAACAUCAAGUCCUUGGUGACUUUGUACCAUCCAACCCACCACCACCACCUUGGCUUGCCUGUGUCUUUGCAUAGCGCUGGGGGGUGGCUCAACAGGUCAACUGCUCAUGCUUUCAGGGACUACGCUGACCUGUGUUUUAAAGAGUUAGGGGAAUGGGUUGGGCUGUGGAUCACUGUGAAUGAACCCAACAGGCUAAGUCAUGCUUAUAAUGCAAGCAGCAGUGAUACAUACACAGCCGGCCACAACUUGAUGAUGGCGCACGCAAUGGCCUGGCAGUUGUACGACAAGCAUUACAGGGUCCGGCAACAUGGACUGGUAUCGCUCUCCUUGCACGCCGACUGGGCCGAACCCGCCAAUCCAUACCUGCCGUCUCAUGCUGCUGCCGUACAGAGGUUCCUGCAGUUUGAGCUGGCUUGGUUCCUGGAACCUAUCUUCAGGACCGGCGAUUACCCUACAGCAAUGCACCAUUACCUGCGGGAGAAGAACAUAGAAGGGCUGUCGCAGUCCACGCUCCCACAUUUUACCGACAAGGAAAAGAAAAUCAUCAGGGGUGCAGCUGACUUUGUGGCCCUGAACCACUUCACCACGCACCUGGUGAUACACCAGCGGCAGAAUGGCAGCCGGUACGAACACGACCUCGACGUCAACCUCAUGUCAGACAUCACCUGGCCCAGCUCCCCCCUGGGCUUCUCUGUGGUACCCUGGGGGAUUCGCAGAGUUCUAAACUGGGUCAAGGCCAACUACGGAAAUGUAUCCCUUUACAUUACGGCUAAUGGGGUAGAUGACAGAUCUUAUACAGAUGAGCUCAGAACAUUUUAUAUCAGGCAUUACAUUGAAGAGGUCUUAAAAGCCCAUCAACAAGAUAAUGUCAACAUCAAAGGAUACUACAUCUGGAAGUUACAGGACACGCAUGUGCCACAGUUUGGAUUGUUCAACUCACACUACUACAAAUCCAGUUCCAAGGCCUCAGUGCAGUUUUACAGCCAAUUGGUGACUAGUAAUGGCUUUCCUUCAGAAAAACAAGUCCGAUCAUGUGAGGACAAGGACAAGCAGAAAAACUGUUUACUUUGUGCCAUGAUACUGGAGAGAAAGCCCUUGCUUUUCUUCGGGGUCUGUCUUCUCAUCAUUGUAGCGCUCUGUAUUUCAGUGCCUCUCAUUUACCAAAGGAAACGAAGGAAGCCAUACUAAAAUGAACCCCGCUCUCCUGUAUGUGCUGGGCCCGUUUGCAGUUUUAUACAAGAGACAUCCUAACAGUAAGCACUGUGUUAUUUUCCAGUCACUCCUGCCUCGAGAGCGUAUUUUAAAUUGAAGAAAGUACAAGCCCAAAGAUUUGUAAAUAAAGAAGUACUCUGAAGUAAUCAGAGUGAAAUAUUAGUUUUGUUGAUAGCUGAACUGAACUUGUGCUCAGCAUUUCCACAGUCUAACUGUUAGCUUCAAUUAACACUGUGGCGAGUUUUGUGAAGACACUCUUCAGUACUGAAUUGGUUUUGUGGCACAGAAUUUAAUAAGCAGGGCAUCCUUUUAUAUACAGCACAGAACUGCUGUGGAAAUGUGUGAUUUCUAUCACCUUUAUAUCUUUGUGUUUCUACAUCCUACAUACAGUAAUGUGGGACCACCUAUGCAUUUUUAGUAUUAUGGAUUUUUCUCAUAAAAAUUGUUUUUCAAAAUUAAACUAUGAGAAAAAGCUAUACUACUGAAAUUCAUAGGUGCUUCCAAACCUUUGCACACUACUGUAUAUAUAUUUUUAUCAAGCAAUAGUUUUUGGUAUCAUCCAUUGCUUUUAAUGACUCACGUUUAAUAGUUUUGUCCUGUUUGAAAAUAAUAUAUUUAUUUAAAAAA